GGCUGCUUCUUUUAAUGGAAGCUCCGUCCCGGUUGUUUCCACGAGCGGCGGGCGGUGCAAAGUGCAACCUGAGCAAUUCUUCGGAGGACGCAGCAGGCAGGCAAGCAGCUCGUGGAUUCUGCGAAUUGCAGCUGUCCGAUGCCAAUGCAGUGACAGCUCAUUUUCUGGAACUGCGGAAGAGGAGUUUCAAAUGGUUUAAUUCUCUUUUGAACAAUAAGAACCAAAGCGCGCAUCGAUGGUGAGACGUGAGAAAACGACGCACUUGACACCAGGAACAGACAAAAGGACCUGCUGUGUGUUUGAUGCUUCAUACCAGCGCCUGAUCAUGUUGUGAUUAUUUUAAAUCUUGGAGGAUACGGGACGAAUCGAUGGGGAGUUGCUCAUUUAAUAAUUUGGAGGCAGUUGUCACUUGGGAUUAAUACCAGAGGCCUUGUUUGUUUGCUAUUCACCAGCUGGGGCGAAAACGUCACCCAAUCCGAUGCUCUUGUAAACAAAGGCAGUCACCGUUGCUUCUGCCGGUAGAUGCUCUUUUCUCUCACCUUCUUCCUGUGGAGGCUCUUCAGACGUUUGUCUGUCAUGUUUAGCUCAGACCGCCUGACGGUGCCCGAAUAUGUCAGCCGACUGCAACGAGGAAGGAGCGGCUCCGGGGCCGAACAGCAGAGACCGGUGUCGCCAGGGAUCCACGCUGACGUGCAAGCGGCUCUGGACGUCUCUCUCCCCGCGUUGCGCACCGCUAUCCAGCGGCUCAAACGCGCUAAGGAAACGUCUGAUUCUGACGAGACGCGCGGAGCCAUCGCGGAGAUCUAUCAGCUGGUGGAGGAGGCCUGGGUUCUACCUGCCGUCGGACGUCAGGUGGCCGAAGAGAUCUGCAACAGGAUCCGGCUGGAUGGAGGCCUGGAGCUCCUGCUGCAACUCCAGCAGACACCUGCUGUGGAGAUCACAUAUGAGUCUGCCAAAUUACUGGAGCAGAUACUGGUCUCAGACAACAGAGAUUACGUAGCUCGUCUGGGAUUGGGGGUCAUCCUCAACCUAACCCGGCAGCAAGAGGACGCCCAGCUGGCUCGCAGCGUGUCGGGAAUCCUGGAGCACAUGUUCAAACACACCGAGGAGACGUCGGUGCACCUCAUCACCAACGGCGCCUUGGAUGCUCUGCUCUACUGGUGCAGAGGCACGGACCCCACCGUGCUGCGUCACUGCGCUGUGGCCUUGGCCAACUGCGCCAUGUACGGAGGCCACCGCUGCCAGAGAUGGAUGAUCGAGAAGCAGGCUGCUGAAUGGCUCUUCCCUCUUGCCUUCUCCAAAGAGGACGAACUCAUCCGCUUCCACGCGUGCCUAGCCGUCACCGUCUUGGCGGCCAACAAAGAAAUCGAGAAGGAGGUGGUGAAAUCCGGCACGCUGGAGCUGGUGGAGCCCUUCAUCGCAUCUCUGGAUCCCGAUGAUUUUGCGCGAAGUUUGUCGGACAGCGCCGACUGCAUGCAAGGGAAGACGGCGUCCGACCUGCAGCACCUCUUGCCGUUGCUGGAUGGAACGAGACUGGAGGGAAAGUGCAUCGCGGCCUUCUACCUUUGCGUUGAGACCAGCAUCAAGUCCCGUCAACGCAACACCAAGAUUUUCCAAGAGAUUGGAGCAGUGCAGAGCCUUAAAAGAAUAGUCAUGUACUCCAGCAAUGGCACGGCCUGCUCCUUAGCCAAGCGGGCCUUAAGAAUGAUGGGCGAUGAAGUGCCCAAGCGCAUCCCGUCCUCUGUGCCCAAUUGGAAGACCUGCGAGGUGCAGACUUGGUUGCAGCAGGUCGGCUUCAGCGCAUACUGCGACCGCUUCCAGGAGCUCCAGGUGGAUGGAGAUCUCCUUCUGAACAUCACAGAGCAAGAGCUGAGCACAGACCUGGGCAUGACUGCUGGCCUCUGUCGCAAGAGGUUCCUAAGAGACCUGCGCGUGCUAAAGACCUACGCCAACUAUGCUACAUGCGACCCUCACAAUAUGGCUGACUGGCUGACGGAAGCGGACCCUCGUUAUCGCCAGUACACGUACGGCUUCGUCCAGUCAGGAGUGGACCGCGACAACAUCCAAAGCCUGACGGAUCAGCAGCUUCUGCAUGACUGCCACGUACUCAACGGAGUCCACCGAGCCAAGAUCCUGGCGGUCAGUCGAAAACCGCUGAAACCAUGCAGCACAGAUGCCCAGCCUGCGGGACCCGAUGUGUUCAUCAGCUAUCGUCGGACCACCGGAUCACAACUCGCCAGUCUUCUAAAGGUGCACCUGCAGGUUCGAGGAUUCAGUGUCUUCAUAGAUGUGGAGAAGCUAGAAGCCGGAAAAUUUGAGGACAAACUUAUUCAGAGUGUCCAGCGGGCUCGAAACUUCAUCCUGGUCCUGUCUGCCAACGCUCUGGACAAGUGCAUGGGAGACACGGCUAUGAAAGACUGGGUGCAUAAGGAAAUAGUCACCGCUUUGGGUGGAAAGAAGAACAUCGUCCCAGUCACGGAUUACUUUGUAUGGCCUGAUCCCAUGUCUCUGCCAGAGGACAUGAGAUCUAUUCUCAACUUCAACGGCAUCAAGUGGUCGCAUGAGUAUCAGGAGGCCUCGAUUGAGAAGAUCCUCCGCUUUCUAAAGGGAAACCAAGAUCUUCUAGAUAGUUCCAAAGAGCAGAAAAAGAAAUGAACACAUUUAUUCUAGAAUCACCUUUAACGUAUGCCAAAAUCGCAAACAAUAACAUGAGGUCUUUAUGAUUUGUGCAUAAAAAACUGAUUCCCUUAUUCUUAAUAAUGUGUCAUCAAGUACAGUGUAUGUCUCUUUUUGACUCAGGAACAAAAACAAAAGGAUUAACACGUCAUUCAGAUUACUGAGUCAUAGCAUUUUUGUUACGAUUACUCUCAAAUGAAAUUAUUUACAUUGUAUCACAAAUUUGCCUUUGAAAUUGGAACAUGCAAUAGAAUAUAGCAUAAACACUAGCUCUUUAUAUUUGUGUUCCCAUUGUCGGCGCCAUUAAAUACAUUUGUUAAGUAAAUAUUGGUCAGCCAAGCAAAAUGUGGCUUCCGGGUUCUCUGCCGGACGCCCUCUUCCUUCUCAGCCAGACUCCCAAUACUUUUCAGGCUUGGACGAUUUUGUUUUCUCCAGCGUGGAACUCAUCUCCCUGACUCUAAAGUAAGUUUGAAUCUUUUAUUACACUGUCGAUCUUUUUUUUCACAGUUGGAGUGCCUGGGAGAGCGGAGGCUUCGUGGCCGUUUGUCUGCCGUCGAUCAUCGGACACAAAGUAUGGCUGCGGAUCGAGAGGUCAGGAUGCCAUGGCGUCGCUGAGUUCUCUCAUCUCCAAACAACGCAGCGUCCUGCAGACACAUCGGCAUCAGUUUUGAAUACGUCUUUUGAGUGUUGAUUGAGGCAAAGAGGAGACUCACCCAAUUAUACUUGCUGGGAUGAGAAGGAGGAUGGCGGCCAAGAGGAAGGCGAAGCCCUUCAUGAAGUGCAGCGUGGCUGGAUAGACAGAGUUGAAGAGGCCACUACCCACGAGGAAACACAAGCUCUCCACACAGGCCACAGAGGAAAAGAGAGCACCUGGCAGAGAAUGCAGACUUCAGCAUGUAUGCUACCUCCAGGAUGUCCUCAGUCACGGUAGCAGUAGAGAACAUUUAAUAAAACAUUUGAAUUUUAGUAAAGCUACCAAAACUAAGCAAGAUGUAUAUAUUUUUACAAGAUGACAGUGCCUUUAAGUCUCAAUGUUUUCACAUUUAAAGCAUGUAAAGCCGGUCUGCAAUGUGAUGAGUGGUUCACCUUGUUCAGACUGGCUCACCAGCUUGGACAGCUUAGCUCUGAGCACAGGUGUAGCAGCCACAAAGAAGAAUAAAAAACCAUAACCUGGUGACACACAAUGUAGACAGACACAUUA